AAUCAUUGAUUCGGACGAAUCGACGGUUAUCAUGGGCGCCCAGGAAGGCGAGGUCAAGUCCAGCACUGGCGGCGGAGUGCUGCCAGUGGUGGAGGUCGUCACUUUGAUGGAAAAGGCCAAGUUCUACACCUCCUUGUGCCUUGGGACUACCGCCAUCUUGGCUGUUUUCGCCUUCCUCUUUUUGAUACCCUUCGUCGUCGAGCCGGCAAUUUCGACAAUUCUUGCUGAUUUCUCGCCGCACCCGGUGGCCUGCCUUGCGACCGAUCACGUCUACGCCGAGGGACUGAAGAAUUGCUCCUGGGCCAGUUGUCGAGAAGGCUGUACCAGUGCUGCACUUCGAUGUCAUCAGAUCAGGGUGAACUACUCCAGGAUACCGUAUGACGAGUUCAUGGCGAAGCCAGCGGGUUCGGUUCCGUGGGACGUUGCUGAUACAAAAUUUUUUGUUAAUACGGAAGGCUGCGGUUAUCCACCUCGAGUCAAUUGUUCGGAAUUUUCCAAGAAGUUUGGAUAUAACAAUUUGGGAAAAAUCUUUCCUUGCUACUAUAGCAGAACGCAUCCUGAGACUGUGGUUGCAAGAUAUUCCUGGGAUGAAAAUCUGAGGCACUUGGUCUUGGCACUGGUUACGCCUAUCGUGCUCUUUGCUGUUUCUCUGGGCGUCUUGUGUUACUGGUACUGUCCCACUAUGGGCAAAACUUGCGGAGGUUCGGGAAGAAAUUUAAUUGAGAAGUACGGAAGGAAGGAAGAGUAAGUAACGUCAUCCUGAGGGAGGACGAAUUCGAGGAGGACGAAGAGGAAUACUGACUGCUACCAAGGGCGCACCCCCCUGCGCGGGAGUGACGCCGGAAGAACCGUUGAAGGAAUCUAGUUUACUUGAUAUUUUCAAUUUAAGAAGUGGCGCCGACCCUCGACUCACUGUUAGCCACGCUUGGCUCAGGUUUAAAAGAUCACAUGGCUAGACCAUUGUUACGUUUCAGUCGAUAUUAUUCUCUGACCGAAUUCCAACCACGUUAACUUCCUGCUGGAACAUUUCUUUCCUCUUCCUAUUACACACUUGUGUAUUUGCGCCUUCAGACUUGAUAUCCAGUCGCUUUUUAAACACCAGGCCACUUUACGAUCAAAACUUAACCCUAAGAAUAUCUUAAAUUUGCACGAAAUAAACGAAUAUAGUAAAGUUGCAUGAUAUUUCUUCGGUAUACUUCAAUUUUGAAAAGUUGACAAUUAUGGCAUCAAUCUCAAAUAGGCAUUCGGUGUUUGGACGCUCUUUAGAAAAAUUAUAUCACUCACGGAUUAAUGUAUGAUAUUCUAGAAGGGAUUUAUUUUCUGUGUCAAGCAUAAGACAAUGGUGUGGCGCACUGAUUGGGAAAACCUUAAAUAUUGUAGCGGGAUACAAUCAAAUAGGUUUUCAUUGAUAAUGGUAAGAAUUCCAUCGUCUACCAAUAUUUAUGAUUAUUAUAUCAAUGCCAGAAAGUAUGCGAAUGACGAGAGUAAAACUGCGUGAAUUUAGAAUGACGAGUGCUAAGUCAAAAAGGGUAUCUUAAAUUUAUGAGGUAAAGUAAGCUGGAUCGCGUAAAGCUCACACUCAAUCAUCUACCAGUAUUCUGAUUAAAGUUAAUCUGUAAAAUAAAGCAAGAACGCGAUUUAGGGGCGCCUUCCUACUAACAAAUAAAUUGAUAACAAGUUAAACGUUAAGUAUAACUACGCAGCUGUAAUUAGCUUAAAGGAGAAGAUAAAGUCACGUAAUCACGUUAAGCUACCCUUAAAAAUGCUAAACCGAUAAUAAAUCACGGAGAUUAUA